GAGUGAUCAUUUUUUAAAAACACUUCGUUUUUUGGUCGACGUUCGUCGGAAUUGCUCGGAAUGAUAAUUGUUUGAUUUCUUGCAUCAAUCAAAAGCACACAUCGAAGUCUAGAGAUUUUCAUAUUUUUUUAUAUAUAUAUACUUUACCGUAAAUCUGUUUCAAAAAAGAGAUAAUGUAUCGCAGAGGAGACAAAUACAAAACUAAACCAGGUCGAACGUAUUUUUUUGUGCACAACCCUGGACUAGCUGACGGCAAAUUCACAAAGGCUGUUGAAGAAUACUGUAACGCUUUAAUAAACACCAAUGGAGGAAUUCUGGUGUUCGGUGUGGAUCACUCUGAGCGAGUGGUUGGGUUCGAUCUCCCAAGAUCAUAUGAAGAUAGUUACAAACUUUAUUUCGAUGCCGCUAUCAGACAGAUGCGACCAACAAUUCACCCACACCAAUACAGACUAGAUGUCAUCUAUAUUAGCUAUUCCUCUCAAGCAAUCUUCGAGAUCAGAAUGUCGGCUGGGGAACACGAGGAAAUCUAUGAGAACUCAAAGCGGGAAAUGUUCAUUGUUAAAGAAAAGAAGCUCUGUGGACCAUUAUUUCCAUGCGAAAUAACACAAAUAGUCCUUGCCAAGUAUAAAGAGGAACUUGCAUCUCUCAUCAUUGAAAACAACCAAAAUCACAUCACAUCACCACUUGAGGAAGACAAAUCCUCAAACACUGUGAGAGAAAUUGAGAAAGCCCAACCAGCAAAGAAAUCAAGAUGGGAUCAAAUAACCUGGCCGUAGCAGCAUUUUUUAAACAAGUCUUGAAAGAAAAGACAUAAAAUAGUCAAUGCACAUAUAUAAAAUAA